GACAAGACAAUCCAAUUUUAAUUUUUAGCUAAUUUUGGUCAGUGAUAUUGUUUUCCGUCUCCUCUCCUCAUUAUCCUUAAUUAAAACAAUCAAUGGUAACUUAAAACUAUAGCCGAAGUACUAAACAUGAAAGAAAAAUGGAAUUUUAUUUUAUACCUAUUAUGGUUUUCUUAUUUGAUUAUGUCUGCUGUGCUCAUGUUCGGCCAGGGUUUUCUUUUAUCCCGCAAGACUUUGAGCGAUGUGACUGAAUGCGUGCCUUUAAGCGGGAUCGGGUGCGACGGUCGAGAGACGAAUACUAGUCAAGUUUCGUGUAGUGAAAAUGAGAAGAUCCGACGUAUUUUAUCUAAUCCUGGUGCGCCGAUAGUGUGCGCGGGUGAACGGAACAGGGUUAUGUUUGUGUUGGUGGACGCGUUACGUUACGACUUCACGGACUUUGACGAGGGUUUGGUCAAGCCGCUGCCGUACCAGAACCGGCUGCCGGUGAUCCGGAGAACGCUGGAGCGCUGGCCUGAUCGCGCGCGACUGUUCCGCUUCAUGGCCGACCCGCCCACCACUACGUUGCAACGCAUCAAGGCGCUGAUUACAGGCUCGCUGCCCACUUUCAUAGAUGUCAGCUCUAAUUUUGCUGCUGUAGAGAUGCAGGAAGAUAACACAAUAGACCAGUUAUUUAGAACAGGAGGCAAAGCUGUGCUGCUGGGAGAUGACACCUGGUCCCGAAUCAUUCCUGGCAGAUGGAUGAGAUCCCAUGCUAUGUACUCAUUCCACACUUGGGACUUGGAUACUGUCGAUUUAGAAAUAGAUUCUAAAAUAUAUGAUGAGGCACUAAAAUCUGACUGGGACCUACUCCUAGCCCACUACUUAGGCGUAGAUCAUGCAGGGCACAGAUAUGGACCUAACCACCCAGAGAUGACCAGGAAACUUGAUGAAACCAAUGCUAGGCUGGAAAAGAUUAUAGAAAUGUUGCCACCAGAUGCCCUACUUUAUGUCAUUGGUGACCAUGGCAUGACUGAGACAGACUGGCAUACAUGGAAUGAUGGUGAUCAUGGCGGAGAGAGCAAAGCCGAGCGCACAGCAGCCUUCUUCGCAUACCGCGGCGCGGGACUAUCAGAUGUGGAUACAACUCCACCGGGCAGUGAAGUGCAACAGACAGAUUUCACACCGACAGUCAGCGCGGCGCUCGGAAUGCCGCCACCGGCGCCUUCGCUAGGGAAUCUUCAGCUGUCUGUGUUACCUAAAACCACUGUGCCUGUUAUGCUGUUGCAGAUGACUAAUGUUUUGAAACAGAUAUCACAAUACCUAGUAAGGUAUGGUGAGGAGUCGACUCAAGUGCCGCUCGACAAGCUGGCUGUGCUGAUAAACGCGACCAGGGAGCAGAUGAGCAAAGCCUCUGCCGUAGAGACUGUUGACGAACUUAAUGUUUUUAUUGCUGAUGUCAAGGCAUUGGUCAACACCACUCGUAGCAUAUUUCGCGAAGUAUGGGUGGAAUUCGACUCCCUGUCAAUGCUACGAGCGUUACUACUUUUCAUCCUGGCCAUAUUCUUCAACUGGCUCAUCACUGAAGGGCUCCCAAUAGACCGCGUCCCGCUAAUAUUCGCAAGCUCAUUCGUUCCAACUGGAUAUAUAUCUAUGGCGGUAUGCAUAGGGAUAUGCUACACCGCGUUUUAUUUUCAACUAAUCGAAAACGUCCUACAUUCGAUAAUUUUAAGCACCGGCAUAGUGUCUGGAGUGUUGACAGGCGCUUUGGUCGUAAUGCACUGGGACGGUAUAUCCACGAGAUGGUACGAAGGCCGAUCGACGUUUUACGAGCGAUUCGCUAGAGGCGCCCUAAUCGCUUCUGCUGUAGUUUUAUUGUCAAACAGCUAUAUAAUAGAAGAGGGGGCGGGUUUAGCCUUUCUGUCUUUAUCAGUGCUCGGUUUGAUGGCGUGGAAUGUGGGGACGUUGAAAGCGGCAGGGCUGUGGGCGUGUUUUGGAGUGGUGUUGGCGUGUUCGCGGCCUUAUAGAGGGUGUAGGGAAGAGCAGGGGGAUUGUUGGACGUCGGGCGGCGCGGCGAAUCGGGAGCAGGCGUCCAGAGCGGCGCUGGUGCUGGCACUAGGGUCCGUCGCUGGUUUCGUGGCGGUAGGGAGACGCGCGACGGGGUGGCGCGGGCUGGCGGCGGCCGCGGCGGGGCUGCUGGCGUGCGCGCACUGGGCCGUGGGCUGGGGCGCAUUAGGAUCAGCGGGCCGCUCGCGGCUGCUGGCUCGCGCGGCUUGGCUCGCGCUGGCCGCCGGGCUAGCGCUGCUGUGGCGGCGCGACGGCCGCGGCGCCGUGCUGCCUCUGCUCGUGUGCUCGCUGCUGAUCUACGUGGCCAACACGCUAGUACUGGGCGCGGCUUACGCUCCGGCCGCGGCGCUAGCACUACUGUCUGGUUAUUUGGCUUUGAAUAUCGUGGCGCUGUUGAAGAACGACGGCUCUGCUAAGUCGUCCAUGGCGACGCGCUGCAACUGCAGCGUGGCGUGCCUGUGGGUGCUGCUAGGCUCGUACCACUUCUACGGCACCGGGCACCACGCCACCAUCGGCCACAUCCGCUGGGCGCCGGCCUUCCACGCCGGCGACCCGCACUAUACCGGCUUCGGCCCGCCCAUCAUAGGCCUCUUUGUGAUGCUUGAGUUAUUCGGAAUGCCGCUGUUGUUCGGUGCCGCGGCGCCCUUGCUCGCGCUCUGGCGCGGCGCCGGCGCGGCGGGCGCGCGCGCGCAGCUCACGGCCGUGUUCCUCGUGUGCCUAAAGUUCGCGCUCUGCUUCGCUAUCAGGUCGUUCGUGUGCGCGCUGUCCGCCACCAUCCACUGCCGGCACCUGAUGGUCUGGGGCGUGUUCACGCCCAAGCUGCUGUUCGAGGCGGGCGCGUGCGGCGCCGCGCUGCUGGGCGCACUAGCGGCCGCCGCGCUCGCCGUCUGGCACACGCCGACCCACCAGAGAAACAGUUGACAUAAACACUAGCC